GCGAUCCACUUCCGGCGAGGCGCCCGUGCGUGUGUGGAGGCGCGGGAAGGUCGGGGCCCGGCAUGGAGGCUUCCUCGGCGGCGGGGGACCUGGGGGCGGCCGUGAACGACCCCCAGCUGCAGCACUUCAUCGAGGUGGAGACGCAGAAGCAGCGCUUCCAGCAGCUGGUGCACCAGAUGACCGAGCUGUGCUGGGAGAAAUGCAUGGACAAACCGGGCCCAAAGCUGGACAGCAGAGCAGAGGCCUGCUUUGUGAACUGCGUGGAGCGGUUCAUUGAUACUAGCCAGUUUAUCCUCAACCGGUUGGAACAGACGCAGAAAUCCAAGUCUGCCUUCUCUGAAAACCUCUCGGACUGAACUUGAAGCUAUGGCAACCAUGUUUUCUUCAUUGAAGGGGAAGCAGAGGAGGUGGUGGAAGGAGCAGAAGAAAGGAUCUUUAGUGAUAAGCUAUGUAGAAGGUCGACUGCCACGUUUGUGAUGGACUUCUGAGCUUCAUGACCACCUUUCUCAACUCAAGUUUUAAAUUCCCAUUGUACGAACAUCAGCAGAUGAAUAAGGCUGUGCAGAAUCACGCACGUACUGCUUAACAUGGGCUUGUGUUGCCCCACGUUUUUUAAUAAAUGGUUUCCGUUUUGGAUAAUGGAAACUUUAUACCAGAAUUGUGAUUUGAACAGCAUGCUUUCCCGACGGUGAUUCCAGGGAAGCACGCCUGUUCAUGCUUAAGAACGUCUUUCUUUUUGAGAUUUAAGAAUAUGGAAAUCUUGAGACACUAAUGUGAAUGAUGGGACGAACGGGUGCAGAUGUGCCUUUAAAAUGGUACUAUGUUUUAGCACUGUUAAUUUAAGCAGUAUGAAUUGCUUGCCUGCCGCUUGCUUGAAAUAUGCAGCUGAGUUGCCUUUGAAAAGCUGUAACUGGAUGUGGCAGUUGCACAAAGGGAGGCAGGCUCAGUUUGCGGGAAUGUGCCAGUCAAGACGUGUUGUCUGUCACAAGGUGCUUUUUCCAAACCCUUCUUAGCACAGCUGGAAAGAAUGCUACAGAGGGCACGUGUCUGUUUUGGGAGGGACUGUCACUCAUGUGGUUAUGUAAAUGUUUCACUUAAGAAGUCCAAAAGGCAAUCCUGACUUUCUCCAUUAACUCCUUUCCUCUUGAUCAGUGGAAUAAACAUAAACUGGAUCCAUUUUCCAA